GAAAGAAGAAAAAAAAACAUAAUACACCCGAAAUUGCAAACGCAAUUCUCUCGAUAUCACUCUAUCUCUCUCUCUCUCUCUGUGUAUCCGUUUGACCAAAAAUGGUAACUCCAAGCGGGACUCUUUUCCACAUGUCACACACAUCCACACAUUCACACGCCAUUUCCCCCCCACCCUCUCCUUCUUCUCCCCCAUCCGCAAUCCCCCGGUUUCUCACAACCCAUACUUCCCUCGCUAAUUUUUUUCAAAAAAAAAAGGACCGCAGGUGUCAUCCCCGUAUCUCGGUCACCGAGGUGCAAAACAAACACGUGUGUUGAGAAAGAUCGAGAUUCGAAAAAAAAGGUGGAGGGGUGAGAGAGAGAAAAAGCCCAGGGGUUUGCGUCUUGCAUGUGGUACGGUUGUAUGUGUGUGCUGUGCAACUGGACGGGUAAGCCCAGCGGGCCGCAGCGAAGGAAGGGAAGGGGGGGGGUUUCCGUGCAUGUGCCUCUCUCUCUUUCGUCUCAACAAAGACUGAAAGAGGGAGAGAGAGAGAGAGAAAGAGUCUCUUGUUCACGUGUGGGAAUAUACCCGAGUAAUUGAAUCAACUCUCUAUCUUUUUUUGUCUUCUCUUGCGAAUCUUUCGCUACAUGCCGAGUACAAACAAUCUUUUCUUUUGCG